CUAAGUCGUGGCCCAUACCCGAUGUCAUCACUCUUAGUCAUGCUUCAUACCCGUCCCCACUCUCACGCAUAAGAGGCUGAUGGACAGACAAAACCUAAACCAAUACCUGCUCUGCGGGCUCACAACACCAAGCGACAGGGCUUAUUCAGACAAUCGGGUGCACCAGGGAGCAGAACUUCGCCUACGCUGCGCUUAUUCACAGCCACGCCGUACGCCGUGUUGAAGGACAGACGGGCCAAGGCGGGUAUUUGAGUAGAAGAGGAGCGAGUAUUUGAGUUCCGAAGUACGAUGUCUUAGCAAGCCCAAGUUGGAGGCCAAGAGGUAGAUGAAGUCUACAAGUUCGCGCCUGCCCCGCGGCAUUCGAAUUUCAACGUUCAAGCUUGCAGCAUUUAUACACGCUGAUCUCGUCAUGGAGAAACCCAAACUUUAGCUGAGCACAUCAUGAGUACCUAUACUUCUAACUCAUCGGGAAACAUUGUGAAAUCGGUAACGGGUAAGAAGAUCACACGUCGACGUGAUAAAAUAAGCUGCAUCGAAUGCAAUCGGAGAAAAGUCAAGUGCAAUCGAGAAUGGCCUUGCCAACCAUGUCUGGCUCGAAAGUCCGGCCACAUGUGCCGAUAUGCUGCAUCAACCUUGUCCCCUAAGACUCGGACCCAAGGAGCUCGACAGCUUCAGGACAGGAGUCCAUGCGAGUUAGAUGAGGCCAGGAACGAUUUGGGAAGUCUAGAGUCGGAAGACAAUGUAGACGAGGCCGAAAUGCCUCUGGUUCUGGUAGAGAAAGGACUUGCACAGUUGGGCUUAUGCGACAAACCUUCCUCGACAAUAAAUCUAGGAAGUGGUAUGAAAAGGGCACGAGCCGAUAUUUUGAAGUUCUUUCCAAGCAGGCAAGAAGUUGAUUUUCUCAUCCAACAUUUCCUAGACAAGGUCAACUGGACCUAUGAAUAUAUCACUCCCGUCAUAUUCCUCGAGCGUUAUGGAGCAUGGUGGUCACAAUCCAGCUACGACGGCUCAGACGAUAUUCUUUUCGGUACAUUGAUACUGCGACUGUGUACUUUCAGUUUACAGCAUCUCCCAAAUCCGGAUUAUCCUACAGAUGGAUUCUUGGAUUAUUCUGUUGAUACCAUGGAAGCUCGAUGUGAUGAGCUGGCAAGGCACUUCGAUUCAUACAGACCGAGGCCGCCAUCAGUGAUUCGAGUUCAGUACAUGGUUCUACACGCAGUAACGCUAGUCACAGCUGGAGAUCCAAAGGAUGGCUAUCAAGCUUUGCUAGAAGCCACCAAAGAAGCCCAUGCCAUUGAUCUGUUCAACGAAGAGAGAUGGCCUACACUUCACGAUGCAGAAGCCGAGACGAGAAGGAAGAUAUUCUGGCUUCUCUACAACUGGGACAGAUUCUUCUGUGCAUACUACGGCCGCUGGCCACUAAUCCCAGAAGACUACUGCACCGUGACGCUACCCAGCGAGCUCCCCUACACUACAACACUCGACCCGGAUAUCCCCACGCAGAUUACGGACAACAUCCUCGGCAUUAAAACCUACCAAUUCGUCCGCCCCUUCAUCAGCGCUCCCGCCAAAAAGCACGAGCGGCUGGAUCCAUUCAAAGUGGCAGAGCACGUCAAAGCCUAUCAAACGCAGAUCACAGACUGCUUCCCUGCCGCAUUUCGCCUCAUUGAUCCAGAUACGAGCUACGACAGUACGAUCCAGAAUUUGGAUCUGAAGAGAAUCAAACUGCAUGCGCUGUCUUGGGGUGUGGUGGAGGGCAUGUUACGCUGCUUUAUAGGACCGAGGACUCUCAAAAGCCUACAGGCACAAGUCGCAUCUCCAGAUAGAGCUCGUGUUUUACUCGCGGAGGAGCACCGCCAUACACUGGCAGAUGCUUGCUUCAAAAGCGUGGAUCUCAUGCUGGACUUGCACAAGAGGAUGGGCGGUGGUCAGACAAGAUAUUGGGCAAUUCCAGCAGCUAUGAUUGAGUAUGGAGGGGUGAUGGGAGGAUGCCUAAUAUCAGAUGCUCUGAUCAAGAAAAAUUGGAAGAAGACUGAUGGUGUUUUUCGCGCUUUUGAUGAGAAUAGAUCGAAAAUCUAUAUAGAUGGCUUUGAAAAGGCUGUGAAGCUGUUGGGGCUUCUUGCUGAGAGAUCACCACUAGCCAAAGGAGGCUUGGGCCUACUCAAUAAGACGUUGUGCAAGAUCAGGGGAGAGAAUUUCGUCAGACCUCAAACAACAUCGGACGACUGUGAAAAAUAUUCCACUACGACUGAAACGCCAGCUGGGAAUCAGCUAGAUCAGCUGGACUUUUCCCAGUAUCCCGGUUAUGGCGAUGGCCAGGUAGCCGAAAAUCAGUCCGGCACCUCGAUCGCCUUUUCGUUCGGGAUGUUGGAGCCUGACCCGAUUAUGGGUGAAUGGGAAGCUGUCCCAAACAUUGCAACGUCUUCGUGGUUUAUAGAACACGAGACUUAUGAUUUUGGCAUGCAAUUUGGGGAUGAACUUUCUUGAUGGAGUUUACUUGCACGAAUAUAUAUCCGCUCUGUGUACCUUGUAUAGCAUAAAAAUCUCAACUAACCAUAACUUAUUUGCACGAAUCUGCAAAUAUUCAAUAAGAAGGUGGUGGUAACCUCUCAAAAUUCAUCUCAUUAAGCGAGUCCAAUGUUUUUUGACCGUAGUAUCGCUCUGUUUCAACUCACGACAAGGUACAAGCAUAAUAGAC